GCGGCGGAGCGCUUCUGCCCUCCGCGUUCCGUUGAGUGCGGGGUUCGCUGGCGAUAUGCCAGUUCUUUGGCUAGGUGAACGAGCGAGCGAGAUCCUCUCAAAAGGGGGGGCUUUUGCCCAGCUGAUAGAAGAAGUGCCCCCCCACCUUACCGGGGACCAUAAGGGAGCUAGACAUCGCCUCUUAGUACUACUUUUUCAUCCUAGGAUUAUUUGUGGUUUUAAACCAGUGGGAAUAAAAGAUUAUUGGAUCGAAGAUAAGGAAACUGAUUGCCAGCUCCGCAUUGUCACGCACAGAUCGUUUUUAAUCCAUAUGUCUCGUUUCUUGGAUCUGAAGGACUUUGGAGAUGCUGCUCCAUAUCUUCGCCUCACCAACCUUGAACAUCUGGCGGCCAUAGCCCAGGCCUACGAUGGCACGAAGCGCGUUUGGAUGCCCGAUGAAGUAGAGGGAUACGUUGAGGUGGAGGUCCGAGAACUCAAUGGAGACAAAACUACAGUAGAAACCAAAGAUGGACGGUUUGUCAUCAUCAAAGAGGAAGACCUGCAACCAACCAACCCCCCAAAGUUCGACAUGAUCGAGGACGUAGCCAUGUUGACGCAUCUUAACGAAGCUUCAGUGCUCUUCAACCUCAGGCGCCGAUACAGCAUGUGGAUGAUUUAU